AAUUUAGUAUUGUUAGUGGUUAUGUAAUUUUUGAUGAUAAUGAGAACGAGUCUUCUAGAAAUUAUAAAGAAUUUGAAAAGUUUAACAAUAUUAUUUAGGUUGGAUAUAAAAAGAACAAAAAAAAGGUUGGUAGAUGGGAUAUUAUGUAUUGUAAAUAUAAUGAGAAAGAAUAUCAAUAGAUGUAAAUAUUACACAAGUAUAACUAUAUAUAGUGGAGGUGGAUCAUAUGAUUAAGAAGGAGAUGAGAAAAAGAUUGGAAAGUGGGUCGAAUUGGAUGAAGGGUUUUGUUCUGGUAAAUAAAUCACUUAUAAUGGUGAAUAUAAUAUGAAUGGUAUGAAGGUAGGAAGAUGGGAU